AUGUCCGACGCCCGUCGCUUAAUCUUCGCUCUCUGUUCCUUCAUUGCCGCCCAGAGUAACAUUGCGGCUGCGGGUAAUGUCAAGAGAGGCAUUACAAUUCCUCAAUCAUCCGCAGCCGGCAUUGGUGCUUGCCUCAAGAAAGCUGGCAUCGAGAACUCGGUACCCACCACUUCAACAUGGACGGUGGACACGGAAGCGUGGAACUCGCGUGUGAGCCCCAAGCCUUCGGCUGUCGCCUUCCCUAAGACGGAAGAAGAGGUUUCCGCUGCUCUGAAGUGCGCUGCUGCCAACGGUGUCAAGGUGACGACUCUCGGUGGCAACCGGUCGUUUUCCAGUAUGGGCUUCGGUCGCAAUGACGGUGCUCUAAUCAUGAAUCUGAAGUACUUCAAGCACCUGGCGUACGAUGCCUCGACCCAGCUCCUAUCGUACGGUGGUCCCGUCAUGAUCUCGGAGGCUACCAACUACAUGUGGACCAAGUGUAAUCGUACGCUCCCCCACGGUCGUUGCCCGGAUGUCGGUAUGACCGGUGUCGCAGCUGCAGGUUUCGGAACCAUUUCACGUGCUGCCGGUACUGUACUGGACAACAUCGUGUUCGUGCGAGUGGCUCUUGCUAACGGUACUAUCGUGAAUGCUGAUGCCAAGCACAACGCGCCGCUGUUUUGGGCAGUGCAAGGUGCUGCCAGUUCUAUAGCUGUGGUGCUCGAUUUCAAGAUCAAGACCAUUCCACCUCCGUCCAAAUUUGCGGUAAACUACACGAUCUCCUUUGACGAGAGCUACAAACCUACGCAGCAGGAAAACGUCGACGCCCUUAUUGGCACACAAGAGUGGGCCCUGAGCAAAGACAACAACGACCUGUUGUCUAUUCGUUUUGGCAUUAAGAAGGAAUCCGUGCUCCAGGGCUUUUUCUACGGCACUAGUGCCGAGGGAGAGAAGGUCUUUGCCUCACUCAUGAAGCGUCUGCCAGCUGCGAUGAAACUGACCACGACUGAGAACGACUUCUGGGCUUCGGAAGAGAUCUCGACCCCCGGCCUCGUGAAGCAGACGCUUACUCCUCGCCGUUAUUUCUACAUCACAUCAGUGACGAUUCCGAGCAAGGCCCCGCUUACCAACACCACAGCGUGGGAGCUGUUCUCCAACACCGCCUUUGCUCCUAAACUACCGGACGCGUCUGCCUCGGGUUUUGUGGACAUUUGGGGAGGCAAGUUUGCCAAGACCGUUCUUCCUGGUGAUUCAGCCUGGAAACACGAUGACAACCUGCUCUUGGUUCGUUGGGACAUGCGCUCGUCGGCCUUUAACGUAUCGUUUGCGGAGAGCUCGAUGGACAUGCUGCGCAAGAACUUUUACAAGUUUGUGAACGCGUACAAGGCUUCAGGUGGUAAGCCAGGCGGGUUUACGACGUACCGUGACGAGAAGUGGACGAUGGCUGAGGUGGCCGAGUACUUGUACGGUGGCGGCAACUAUGCCAAGCUGCAGAAGAUCAAGACCGAGUACGACCCGAACGAGUUGUUCAACACGGACGCCCAGGCUGUCCGCGCUCUAUCGUAG